UUUAGAAGAAAAGAGGGAGGGUUGACUAUCUUUCUCCCCCACCCACAACACAUACGUGAUCAUCACCCCCCAAAAACACCCUUUAACCAAUAACGACGUGGCGCUCGGGACAAACGCGGAAUGGACACCUUUAAAAGCUUGUUCCUCCUCCGGUAUUGGCUGUUUCCUUGAGGGUGUCAUUUUCAGGUCGUGGAGAUCACUGCCUGUGUUUAUACUCUGUUACACAGGUUUAGUCCUCGCAGACCUGGACUAGAACUUUACACAUCAGCUUCGGGUUUAGGUCAGAGGAUUUGGGGCUUAGCAGGGUUGUAAUUGUGUCUCUAGAAAGCCAGAUAAGUUUCCAAGCUAAUGAAUAGUUUUAUAAUGAGUGCUGAUGGUGCUGUUCUUAUGUAGUUGUACCUGUCCUUGGUGCUGAAACUGACCGGUGCACUUCACGGAUUUGCUUUUGAGGGACUGUACGACAACAGAUUCAACAAAACUGACCUGCAGUCAACAACAGAAGAAGGAUCUGGUAAAAACAACUUUAAAAAAUAUAGGACCUGUUUUUCCCCUGGGAAAAGAUCUAAAGGAGUUUGUCGGACUUAAAAAAAAUGGCCAGAAUAAUAAUCUAAAUUUACCGUUGUAAAUCUACCAGUUUUCGCUGUACCAACAAAACCAGUGUCAGAAAGGACAAAUGCACAUUUGAUAUCGAUUUGUCUCGCGAUGGAGGUAUCAAACGGGUCGAGCUUUGGGAUCGAGUCUAUACUUUCUCACAGACCGACCAGUCCGUGUGUGUCAAAGGGGGAGUGCAGGUCUCCAGUGGAGUUGAGCCCGCGGUCGGAUCUGGACAGCGGCUGUUCGUCGCCUCCCUCCCCGAGACGGACCUCGGUGGAAGACGCGGUGCAAAGACACGCUCGCGCCCUCGGACUGGACUCUCCUUUACAAAUAUCUCAGCAGCCACGAACAGUCACGUCCUCGUUCUUGAUCAGAGACAUACUAGCGGACUGCAAACCCCUGGCAGCCUGUGCUCCUUAUUCCAGCACUGGACAGUCAGCACAAGAUAAUGAAGACUGCAUGGACAAACUUCACAGCAAUUCGUCCUCAGACAGUGAAUACAGGGUGAAGGACGAAGCUGAUCGAGAAAUCUCCAGCAGUAGAGACAGCCCCAGCUCCCGGCUGAAGAAGCCUCGGAAAGCGCGCACUGCGUUCACUGAUCACCAGCUGGCGCAGCUAGAGCGCAGCUUCGAGCGUCAGAAGUACCUCAGCGUGCAGGACAGGAUGGAGCUGGCAGCGUCCCUCAACCUCACCGACACACAGGUCAAAACAUGGUACCAAAACCGCAGAACGAAGUGGAAAAGGCAGACAGCAGUUGGACUGGAGCUCCUCGCGGAAGCAGGGAAUUACUCAGCUCUACAAAGAAUGUUCCCAUCGCCCUAUUUUUACCCUCAAAGUUUGGUGUCUAACCUCGACCCGGGACCAGGGUUGUAUCUGUACAGAGGGCCGUCCGCGCCUCCUCCACCGGUCCAGCGGCCUCUGGUCCCGAGGAUCCUCCUGCACGGUCUUCAGGGCGGCGGAGAGCCAGCGUCUCUCCCUGGAAUCAUACCGCGACAUACGCCGCGAUGAACUGAUCCAACCUGACAAAAAAACACUCCAACCUCAGGAACGACUGGGAUGCGCUUGGACAAUACCCAUGUAUAACGAACAUAUAAACGCGCAAUAAUAGACUUUUCAAAUGACUCUGACCAAAAGGUGAAUGCUAACUAUUUAUUAAACUUUAACGCGCGGAAGCAGUUAUCAGAAAAUUAUUUGACGAGGUUCCAUCACCUCAUGAACCUCCUGACUGUUUUCUGAAAGAAGUUGCUUUUCCCCUAAGAAAUGGCGUGGUUUAUUUGCACAAAAUUAUGACGCAAACAAACCAAAAUAAACACAGCUAUCUUUAAAAAAAAACAAUUCAACUGAACCAUAUGCAACACAAUUGUGAAUUUUUGAUAAAAAUGCAUUGUAAGAACAAAAAUAAUAAAAUUAAAACAACACUAAUAACUAACAUGUAAUUGUAACAAAUGUGAUUUAUCACCGAUUAAUGUGAUGGUGGUGGUAGUUUUACAAAACAGUUUUUCUAAUGAAAUGCACUGAUCAGCGCAAAAAUUAGCCUACUGAUGGCACUACAACCUGUUCAGAGAAUGAAUCCGUUUUUGUGGAAAUUGUGUUGUGUUCAUGGGUAGUUUACAACCCAGUUCAACAGACGCCAAAAUACUUUUCUAAAUAAAGAUUGUGAAUUUGUCACAUAAGACAGAAGUACUUUAUUCUUCGAUAUUCUCUUGGUCAAACAGUUUUUGUAUAUUAGCUGUGAAUACAUGGUGCAUAUGAUGAGCUUUAAAAUAAGCAAAAAUGUCAUUUUUAUAACUGGCCAUCAAACCAACAGCCCGUGAACGCAGUUACGCAAUAAAAACAAAAUCUUUUCCGUGUUUCCUGCGCUCAUAUUGUGACUUGUUCUCCCAUCUCUCUGUAUUUACAUAAAUAUUUACGUUUUUAAUUAACAUAAGCAUAUGCAUUACUGCCAAAGGAAACCUUUUGUGAGCUCUCUUCACAAGAGCUUCGCACAGAGAAGCACACUCGCAUCGAAACCAGCGUAUCUGGGUAAGUGGUUUGUUGUGUGGGUUUAAUUGACCAAUCAUAAUAGGCGUUUCAUUAUUACAGACCAAUCAAAUUUUUACAAGCGGCUUUUACGCUAAUAAAGCGACCAUGAAACGUAAUAUUCCGGUCAAAUUUCUUUUAACGCUCGCAGCGAAGACUCGGCCAAAAGACAGCAGCUGGUGACCGGGCGAGUCAGACUCAACGCUUGGACAGCUGGUCAGCGUAAGCCUCCAUACAUAUCCACUCCUAUUUACCUGACCAAGCCAGGGAAAUGAGCUAAAAAGCUUUUAACAAAGGCUAUUUUUGUGCGGU